UAAGAUGCAACUGGAAAAAGUAGGGGCGAGGUACUUUGAACUUGGUCGCCUGAUUAACAAAGAUCAUUAUGAUAAAAAUCUUUGGUGGUCCAUUGGCUUUGUUAUUCCAAAAAACUUCUUUCAGUUGAAAAUGUUGAUUUGACCUUAUUGGUAUGGAGGCAUGGGGAGCCGAUGGAAAACAAGUAGAUUUUAUGUGGUGUUCUGCAAUCAUUUUAGUUUUUUAGAAAGUGUUAGGAAGUUUUUUAGAAAAGUCAAGCUUCAAGGCGGAAUGGGAAAAGUGAUGUAAAACCGUUUAACCACAUUUUUUCUUCAACUUGGCAUCAGCAGCAUACGGGAGAAACAUAGGCCUGUGAGCCAAGAGGUGAAGCAUGGAUGUUUGUGACAAUAUGGUGCCGGCCAGGGCUCGUAACAGUGUAUGGGCAAUCACUCUUUUCCGCGACAAGAGGAAAAGUUCCCAGCAAAAUGUGCUGAAAAAGAUCGUUCUUGGUAAUGAUGAAAUCGACGAGAACACAAAUAAUUAUUACAAACGUCAACACCCCGACAAAGGUUUUCUCUCCCUUCUAUGUUCUUCGAAAUGGACUAAACUGUUUCUUGAGAAAGGUUUCUGUGGAUUGAUUUUUGGACUAAUUUUUAGUACAACUGUAGCUUAUCACUUGUGGCUUACUUCCUGGUUUCAUGGACAAGUUUUGAAUGCUCUUGUACUGGAAAACAACAGUAUAAUAUUCAACUUCUGGAGAGAUCCACCGGUGCAACCGUUCAUCUCGAUCUACAUAUUCAAUUACACCAACCAUGAAGAAGCCAUGAAUGGAAUAGAAAAACCAAGAGUGGAAGAAGUUGGACCCUAUACCUUCAGUGAGAGAAUGGAGAGAGUGAAUAUUAAAUUUCACUCAAACGGAACUAUAAGCUACCAAGAGAAACGAACCUACACAUUUGUAAGGGAGUUAUCGGUCGGUGAUUUGCAGGACAGGGUGAUCACACCGAACAUACCACUUAUAACAGCAGCAGACUUCAGCCGAGGCUCAAUGCUGACUCGGGCCGGACUGAGGAUGCUGGCUGCCUCGACGGAGGCGAGGCCCCUGCAUGACGUCACUGUUCACGACUUUGUGUGGGGCCUCAACGAUAGUUUUGCCAACAAAGCGGCAGAGGCCGCUCUCCUACUGCAAAAGCCUGUGCCUUCUGCAUUCGGCAUACUAUCAACGAGAAACGGAAUCAGCCAGGACGUGAUAACAAUUUACAGUGGUACGUUGGGAUUCGACAAUUUCGGCAUAAUCAACCGCUACAAUGGUCGCGACAGAAUGGACACCUGGCAGUCCGACUGCAACAGCCUGGUCGCUGGUGACGGCUCACUCUAUCCUCCUUACACGCUCCAGUCUAAAAAACCCAUCUAUAUCUACACUAAGGAAUUCUGUCGUAGGAUACCUCUAAUCUUUGAAAAGAAUGCCGAGUGGACUCCAGCAUUGAGGUAUAAGAAUCCGAGUAACGUUUUCUCUUCCCCUGAGUCUAAUCCAGAUAAUUCAUGCUUUUGUAUUGAUUCUCAAUGCGCUCCAGAAGGUCUACAAAACACUAAACCUUGUUCCUAUGGUGCUCCAGUCUAUAUAUCAUUCCCUCAUUUCUUACUGGCUGAUGAGAAGUUACACUCAGACGUUCUGGGUCUGAAACCAGAUCCAAAAAUACAUUCCACUCACAUUGAUAUUCAUGAGAACUUGGGGUUCCCUAUCGGAGGUGUUACUCGAGUGCAAAUGAAUAUUCGUGUGAGCAACCCAGCAUGGUUUGCAACAUUGAGGCAAUUAGAUGACGACAUAUACCUACCAAUCUGUUGGCUCCAAUGUGGCGUUGACAAGUUACCAACGGACAUUUAUAGAAUUCUCUUUCAUGCAACAUACUCGCUGAGAUUUUUAGAGAUCUUCCUAAUGUGGUCGUCUGUGCUUAUGCUCUUACUCUGCAUGUACUUGAUUUGGAGAAGAUGUCGCCUUCUGCUGUCGGGAACAGUAUUUUUCUCACGGCUCUACAACUGGUUGAUUAAAAUAAUAACUGAAUCUGUUUUGAAGAUUUCUAGACUGAAAGAACACACAAAUUUGUAAUUAUGAUAAAAAUAUUUGUUAAGUAAUUUGGUGAUUAUUAUGAAAGAAUAAAUUUAUUUUAUUGUUUCAAUUAUAAUAAAUGUACAACCUAUUCAA